AAUUUAUCGCUUUUUGAGGGUGAAAAUCUGAACCUAUUAUAUAUACACACACAAAUUUGUGGCAAAGAGGAGAAGACAGCGAGAGGAAAAAGAAGUUGCAGAGUCUCCCGUACCGUGUGACUCGGUCUGCUCUCCUGGGAUUUCGAUUUGAUUCUAGGGUCGUUGCUUCUUUUGGCAUGGGUUUGGAUCAAAGGAUUCAAGAGUUACAGAGUAAUGCAGACAAAACGUCCUUGACAAUAUGUGUGCAUACGUUUGGUGAUUUAACUUACGUAUCUCCAGUAGUGUUCUUAUAUCUGCUGAAAGAAUGUUAUGUUCAUGGAACAUGUAAAGCUACUAAGAAGUUUAGAGCUCUUCAACACCAAGUCCAUCACGUACUAUGUAAUUCUCCUCAACCUGGACCGGCCAGUUUUGUUAUCCGGUGCCUGGUUGUUCUGCCCAUUCUUGAAUUGUAUCGUGAAGGGUUCAGUCACUUGAUUAUAUCUGCCCUUUGUCGUUUUCUGAAACAAGCGGUUAUCGACACUAGAGAUACCCUGAUAGCAAAAUGUCUGGCUACACGGUUAUUUAUUCAUAUCGUUCGGGGUGUUAUCGACCAUGAUGAGAGGAUUGUUGUGAAGAUACUUGAAGUUUUUGAUGUCAGGUUGACAGACAUUGAGGAAAUGAUUUGCCAAUUAAAGCCUAAUAGUGAUCACAGGUUCGAUGCGGCAAAAUCAUUUGUGGAGCAAUAUAUAUUUAAGUUGAUAGAAUCCCAGUCAUAUAUGACCGCAGUCAGUUUGUUAAAGCACUUUUCCAUCCGCCAGUCUGGGGAGUCUUUUCUCCACCAAAUGAUGCAAAACAAUCAAAGCAGAGCAGCUGAGAAAUGGGCAACGUUUAUGGGAAGGCCAAUGUUAUGUGUACUCGUCCAGGAGUACGUUGACAGGAAUAUGCUCAAGAAUGCUUAUGAUACCAUCAAGAAAAACAAUCUUGAAAAGGAAUUUCCAGAUGUUUAUCAUAAGUGCAAAGAAAGCUCCCUAAAGAGCCUAGCUGAAAAGGCAUGCUGGGAUGUUGCUGAGAGAAAGACCUAUGGUGAUAGACAACUUCUUGAAUAUUUGGUUUAUUUGGCAAUGGAAGCUGGUUACUCAGAGAAGGUUGAUGAAUUGUGCGGUAGAUACUCUCUCGGAGGUUUUCUAAAGGCCAAAGUACCAGAGGCAAAUCUAUUGCAACGUAGGUAUUUACAACUUAAUGAAUUAGUCGUGGGAGAUGUUGUUUGGGUUGAUGAAGCUGAUGGUUUGUGUGAGGCAACUUACCACAUUGAAAACUGCAAAGUUGUGGGUAUUGAUUGCGAAUGGAAGCCCAACUAUGUGAAAGGCAGCAAACCAAACAGGGUUUCUAUCAUGCAAAUUGCUUCUGAUAAGAUGGUUUUCAUCGUUGACUUGAUAAAGUUGUAUGAAGACGUGCCUCAUGUACUAGACGACUGCCUUAGUCGCAUUUUGCAGUCUCCUAGAAUCCUGAAACUUGGUUAUAAUUUUCAGUGUGAUACUAAACAGCUAGCUCAUUCAUAUGGAGAAUUGAAGUGUUUCAAGCAGUAUGAAAUGCUACUUGACAUUCAGAAUGUAUUUAGAGAACCUCGGGGUGGUUUAUCUGGGCUUGCCGAGAAAAUAUUGGGAGUGGCUUUGAACAAGACAAGACGAAACAGUGACUGGGAGCAACGGCCUUUGAGCCAGAAUCAGCUAGAAUAUGCUGCUCUGGAUGCAGCUGUACUUGUUCACAUAUUCGCUCAUGUCCGCAAUCAUUCACAUCCUUCCAAUGUUCCAGAGGGGCAUGAAAAAAUUGAAUGGAAAUCCCACAUUGUUUGUCAGAGGGAUAAACCCAAGAAGUCCAAAAAGGAAUCGGUAAAUAACAAAGAGUGUGAACCGGCGGCAACUCAUGAGCACAAGCAAUCAAGUUAGCAUCACACCAGGCCUUUUUUCUUUUCCAUCCUUUUUCCUUUUCCUUUUCCUUUUCCAUCUUAUUUAAACAAUGCACAUUGUAAGUAUUUCCAUUUAGUUCAAUAAGUAGGGAACAUCUAUAUACUAUUGUAAAAAUGCAGUCUAUUUCUACGGGAAAAGGAAAUGCUUUGUUCUUAAAUCA